AUGGCGUUUCAGACUUUGGCUAAUAGCUUUGUCAGAUUGGAUAUUUCAAAAUAUGGAAAGGUUCUAGCUUAUGUUGAGGCGAGGUCAUCUCUUUUGGAGCAGAUUAAGGCACAACAGUUCGAUAACGCGAAGUUGUGUAAGAUUCGGGAUAAGGUGUUGAGUGGUGAGGCCAAGCAGUUCAUGAUUAAUAGUAAAGGUGUCUUGAGGAUUAAAGGGCGCAUUUGCAUUCCUCGUGUGGGUGGAUUGAUUCGUUUGAUAUUGGAGGAGGCUUAUAGUUCCAGAUAUUCUAUUCAUCCGGGUGCAACAAAGAUGUAUUGUGAUUUGAGGCAGCAUUAUUGGUGGGAUUUGUUGAGAGAGUCCUUGGACAAAGUGAAGUUUAUUCAGGAAAAGCUUUUGGCUGCUCAGAGUAGGAAAAAGAAGUAUGUGGACUGA